GAUACGUUUCUCAACGUUGACAACGAAAAAAGAAGCGCGUGGCUUUUGCUGGAGUUUGACUACACUAUUUUUGUCGUUUUUAACAGCACCAGGUUGUCUCAAAUCUUCCAUCAUGGCGACUAUGCCCUUAAACCCCAAGCCCUUCCUUAAUGGGCUCACUGGCAAGCCAGUUAUCGUGAAACUAAAAUGGGGGAUGGAAUACAAGGGUUACCUUGUGUCUGUGGAUGGAUACAUGAAUGUUCAGCUUGCUAAUACAGAAGAGUUUAUAGAUGGUGCAUUGACAGGCAAUUUAGGGGAAGUUCUAAUUAGGUGUAACAAUGUUCUUUAUGUUCGUGGCGUAGACGAAGAGGAAGAGGAUGGAGAGAUGAGAGAGUAGCCUCUUAGCACUAUUUGCUGUCAGCUUUUUUUGUAUUAUAUUUAUUACUGUGUAAAUUUAGGACUUUCCUAUAAAUUUUAUCCACUGAAAAGCCUCUCACGUGCGAGAGAUGUUACAAGGUUAACUUGUAAACUGGCGUUUUCUCAUAGAAAUUGGAGAUCAAACUUCAUUCUGAUGGUUGUUAUUUGUACGUUCUGCAGUUUUGAGCUUUUGAGUAGAAUAAAAAAAAAUAUAUUGUUGGUAAUUUAACUGUACUUGUAAAAGCAUACAAACUAGUCCCAAAGAAAUGACAACUAUUCCUCAAGAAGGAAAAAAGUUUCAUGUAGUUUGUCUAAAUAGGUCAUUUUAUUUGUAUUGAGGUAACUGUCGUUAACAUACUUUGCUUCAAUUUUCUUUUUUUUUAAUAUAAUAACAAAAAAAACUUAAAGAAGUAAAUAAUACUUGUUUUCUCUGA